GUGAAGGGAGGCAGUGAAGGGAGGCAGCCGACGCACAAGAUGGCCGCUGCUGCAGCGGCGGUGGCGGUGGAGGGGUGGCAGGCGACGGCGGUGGGGGGGCUCCGGGGUCUGCGGAUGCUGGAGGAGCAGGGCGCUGCGGCCGCCCCCGUGUGUCGCAGCUGAGGGGGCUGGUGGCCGCUGCGGGGAGCCCGGCCCGUGUGGUUAUGUUUCACACUAUGUGCUGACUGUCUGUACUUACAGAAGAUAUUUAAAAACAAACAGACUUUUUUUCAAAGAUUUUGAUUCCAGUGGAAUCUGUGCUUUAGAUUUUUGUCUUGUCAAUUAACUCCUGAAGCAAUGCCUGUACAAGCUCCACAAUGGACGGAUUUUCUCUCCUGCCCGAUUUGCACACAGACUUUCGACGAAACGAUCCGGAAGCCUAUCAGCUUGGGUUGCGGCCACACUGUCUGCAAGAUGUGCCUCAACAAGCUCCACCGUAAGGCAUGCCCUUUUGACCAGACCACUAUAAAUACAGACAUUGAACUCCUUCCUGUGAACUCAGCCUUGCUGCAACUAGUGGGUGCUCAGGUUCCUGAGCAGCAGCCAAUUACUUUAUGUAGUGGAGCUGAAGAUACCAAGCAUUAUGAGGAGGGCAAGAAAUGUGUGGAAGAAUUAGCGUUGUACCUCAAACCACUCAGCAGCGCGAGAGGUGUGGGUCUUAAUAGUACCACUCAGAGCGUGCUAAGUCGUCCCAUGCAAAGGAAACUUGUGACGUUAGUUCACUGCCAGCUAGUGGAGGAAGAAGGACGGAUCAGAGCCAUGCGUGCAGCACGGUCACUCGGUGAAAGAACAGUCACAGAGCUCAUUCUUCAGCAUCAAAAUCCUCAGCAGCUCUCUUCCAACCUCUGGGCUGCAGUGAGAGCCAGAGGGUGCCAGUUCCUUGGGCCAGCAAUGCAAGAGGAGGCUUUAAAGCUGGUUCUACUGGCUCUGGAAGAUGGAUCUGCUUUGUCACGAAAGGUCUUGGUUCUCUUUGUGGUUCAGAGGCUGGAGCCGCGAUUUCCUCAGGCUUCUAAAACUAGCAUUGGGCAUGUUGUCCAGCUGCUUUACAGAGCCUCGUGCUUCAAGGUGACAAAGCGAGAUGAGGAUUCCUCCCUGAUGCAACUGAAGGAGGAAUUUCGGACUUACGAAGCUCUCAGAAGGGAACACGAUUCCCAGAUAGUUCAAAUUGCUAUGGAAGCAGGUUUACGCAUUGCACCGGAUCAGUGGUCCUCACUGUUAUAUGGAGACCAAUCUCACAAAUCCCACAUGCAGUCUAUCAUUGACAAGUUGCAGACCCCAGCCUCGUUUGCACAGAGUGUUCAGGAAUUAACUAUUGCUCUUCAGAGGACUGGAGAUCCAGCUAACCUGAAUCGUCUUCGACCUCACCUAGAGCUCCUGGCAAAUAUUGAUCCCAGUCCAGAUGCUCCACCUCCGACGUGGGAACAACUGGAAAAUGGACUAGUUGCUGUGAGGACUGUGGUUCAUGGCUUAGUUGAUUAUAUCCAGAAUCACAGCAAGAAAGGAACAGAUCAGCAACAGCCUCCUCAGCAUAGCAAGUACAAGACAUACAUGUGCCGAGACAUGAAGCAGAGAGGAGGAUGCCCCCGGGGCGCCAGCUGCACCUUUGCACAUUCUCAGGAGGAGCUAGAAAAAUUCCGUAAAAUGAACAAGCGUCUGGUUCCAAGAAGACCCUUGAGUGCCUCCCUGGGCCAGCUAAAUGAGGUGGGCCUGCCUUCAGGAGCUAUCCUCUCGGAGGAAGGGGGAGUGGACUUGCCCAAUAGGAAAACUUCUGCUCUGCCAAAUGGAAUUGUGUCAACAGGCAGCACGGUGACGCAACUAAUUUCUCGAGGGACUGACUCCGGUUAUGAAACUGCUCUGAAGCCAGGGAAGAUGGACCAUCUGAGUAGCAGUGCCCCUGGAUCACCUCCUGACUUGCUGGAAUCUGUCCCCAAGAGCUCUAUUUCUGCUUUACCAGUGAACCCUCAUCCUGUGCCCGCUCGGGCACCGACAGAUCUGCCUUCAGUGUCUGUCACCAAGCAGUUGCAAAUGGUACCACGAGGGUCUCAGCUGUAUAAUACUCAGCAAGCAGAUAUGUUUUAUCAAGAUCCUAGAGGAGCUGCCCCACCGUUUGAGCCAGCACCCUACCAACAAGGAGUUUACUAUCCCACUCAGUCCAUGUCUCGCUUUGUCCGACCUCCUCCAUCAGCUCCUGAACCUGGUCCACCUUAUUUAGACCAUUACCCACCCUACCUUCAGGAUCGUGUGGUGAGCCCACAGUACACGCAGCCGCAGCAGUACCCUCCUAUGGGACAACCCAUAUACCCACCGCACUACGACAGCCGUCGCGUAUAUCCCCCUGUCCAGCCAUAUCAGCGAGAGGAGAUUGUCCGAGGAAGCCCUGUACCUAUUGAAAUUCCACAAGCAGCUGUACCUUCCUAUGUACCUGAAUCCAGAGACAGAUACCAGCAGACAGAGGGUUAUUGCCCAGUGGCUCCACAUCUCAGUCAGAUCAGACCUUCAUGCCACAGGCCUCAUCCCAGCCUUGACGAACUUCACCGACGAAGGAAAGAGAUCAUGGCCCAGCUCGAAGAGAGGAAGGUGAUUUCUCCACCUCCUUUUGCGCCAUCACCAACCUUGCCUCAUCCUUUUCAUUCAGAGGAGUACUUGGAUGAAGACCUGAAGGUAGCUGGGAAAUACAAAGGAAAUGACUACAGCCAGUACUCUCCCUGGUCCUGUGACACCAUCGGCUCCUACAUUGGAACCAAAGAUGCAAAACCCAAAGAUGUUGUGGCAGCAAGGAAUGUGGAGAUGGCGAAUGUAGAUAGCAAAGCCAUGCGUGACCAGCGAUUAGACAUGCAGAGAAGAGCAGCAGAGACUGGUGAUGAUGACCUCAUUCCAUUUGGAGAUCGACCAACUGUGUCAAGAUUUGGGGCUAUCUCUCGUACUUCCAAAACGAUGUACCAGAAUUCUGGUCCCAUGCAGGCCAUGGCAGUUCAGGGAGCUACCACCAAAUCAAUCAUUUCAGACUAUAAUCCUUAUGGAACUCACAGUGGCUGGGGAGGCUCUCCGUAUUCUCCUCAUCAAAAUAUACCUUCUCAGGGACGUUUCAAUGACAGGGAGAGACUGUCCAUGACAGAUGUGGCUGGUCAUGGGAAACAGUUGCCCUCAGCGGAGCGAGAACAGCAGCUGCGCAUGGAGCUGCAGCAAGUAGACCAUCAGAUUAGCCAGCAGACACAAAUGCGAGGACUAGAGGCUGUUAGUAACAGGCUGCUGUUGCAGAGGGAGGCGACUACCCUGGCAGGCCAACCACAGCCCCCACCCCCACCUCCCAAGUGGCCUGGGAUGAUCUCAAGUGAACAGCUGAGCUUGGAGCUACACCAGGUGGAAAGGGAAAUUGGGAAGAGAACCCGUGAGCUGAGCAUGGAGAGUCAGUCUUCACUGGAUAUAAAAAACAAACUGGGCACCACUAAACAGACAGAAAAUGGACAAUUAGAACCGCAAAGCAAGGUUCCAGCUGAGGACCUCGCACUGACAUUCAGCAGUGAUGUUCCGAAUGGAUCAGCCUUGACACAAGAGAACAUUGGCCUCCUGUCAAACAAGACGGCAUCUCUCAGCCUGUCAGAGGACCCAGAGGGAGGAGGAGACAACCAUGACUCCCAGAGAGCGGGAGUUACACCCACGUCUGCUCCAUGAAGUGAGGCCAGCAUACCCCAGAGUUUCUUUUCCUGGGGUGUUGGUAGCUUCCAUCACAUUUUUUUCCAGGGGUGAUUGGAGAAACCCAGUAGCAGAGCAGCAGGUCCAGAGGCAAUGUGCACAAACACAACUACUAGAAACAAAUCCUGCACAUAGUUCACAUUAACGCAUUUUUUAAUUAAAAAAAAAAAAUGAAAAUUAGCAGUAUCUGCAAGCGAUUCAAAUUAAAUUUGUUUUUGUUCUGUGAAUGAACUUUAUUUUAAUAACUUUGGACGCCUUGGAUCCCAGGGCUUAAAAAAAAAGAUAUUAUAUAUAUACUCUGUUUGAUUAAUUGUAUGAUCUUAAUGAAGUAGGUUUUUUCUUUUAUUUUGGUAUUAUUACAUACCCAGUGCAUAAUUCCUUAUCACCUUAAUUUCUCAACGACUAAAACAACCUGGCCGCUUCCUUGUAUGGUUUAAAGGUAAACAAGAAAUUGAGGGUUGGAGAGUAGCUGUGAAUUGCAGUGUCAAAAGAUGUGCAGCAAACUUCAUUCUUAAAACAAUUCCUCCCAUUGUGGCGAGGAACUGAACCCUAGCUUGUGUGAGACUUCUUGCUUAAAUUAUUUAAAUUCGAACUACAAGUGACAGAAUCUCUGCAAUGCAUCAGGUGCAGUCCUUCCUGUAUGUCCCAGCGCAGCAUGUGUAAUUAAAGAGGAUAAUAAAAUAAGCGUCCAACAUACGUUAUUUUAUUUGAGGGUUGCUGGCCUUUUACUUUCUGUUGGGACUAAAGAGGUCAGCAGAAUGCAGACCAAUCUACUACAGCAUGGGUAUUUCUGAAGCUGGUGAGCUGGGGCUUAUGGUAGAGUCUAACCAGCGUAGGUUGUGCAGCCGUGACCAAAGCAGAACCUCUGGAAAUAGGAAGCAGAACAUCAGGUUAUGCAGUUGCUGGAAGGUUGUUAAAUGCUGAUGAGCUGGUGGACCAUGUUAGUUCAUCCAGCGUUUGCUGGGGGUUUUUUUCCCCCCUUCUCACUAUGCCUUUAAAACAAGCUUACCCAAAGUCUGUACAAUUAAGUUGAUGCAGAGGGACUCACUGACCUCUCUGCCUUCUGAAGCAGGUCUUUUAUGUGUGCCUUCUCAGCAACUCUUGCCUUUGUUUUUUCUUCAUUCCUAUUUUAUUGUUAUUAAAAAACAUCCUAAUUUCCUCUAUAACUUGAUAUUUUUUCUUUCUUUUGUUCAGUGAUGCAUCAGUUAUUUAAUUGUAAUGCUCUUGUGAGGGCCUUUUACUGAAGGAGGCCAACAUCUUUGCCAUCAUUGAUGCACGCAAAUCAAUCUUUAAAAAAUAGAGGGGGAUUUUUAUUUCUUUUUUAAAGUUGGCAUUGUUUAAGGUCUGUGUGUAUUAGAAUUUGAUACCUGAAAAUCAAUCUGCAGCUUGUCUGCCACUGCUGCAGUGAAUCCUUCCUUGAUUCCCCUUUCAUGGGGGAAAAGUUGGAUUGAAAUGACCACGUAAGGUGCAGCAGAGAUCCUGUCAGAAGUAGUCAGAAGUGCCGAAAAGCAAAUUUUGCUUGAUAGAUCUAGUGUGCUACUUCUCCAAGUAGAUGCUUUGUAAGCAUAAGUGGGAGAAACCGUAAGCCUUUCUAGAUGUUUUCUUUAACUUUUAAGAAAUGAAAGAGAUUUUGUUCUUGCUGCAUAUUUUUUUUGACGUGCACUGGGGUGAGACCCUGUAUACGAAGAACUUUGUGGAGAAUUAUUUUAAAGUGCUACUCCCUCUGCACCAUCUUGGCCUGUUCUUGUUUUUUUCUUUCUGGGUUAGACUACUAAAUUGGAAAGCACUGGUUAUGUAAUAAAUUACUGCAUUGCUUUGGUUGGGUAAAGCAAGAGUUAAUAAUUUUCUUGGUUUUUAGUUUUUUCCUUAACCUUAACUCCUGCUGAGGUCAUAGCAACCUUGGGCUAAGCUUUGCAUUCAUCAUACUGUUAAAUAAAACAAAAUGGGGGGUGGGAGGGGAUACAGUCCCACUAUUGCCUACCAGUAGGAGAGUCCAAACAGAAGACUCUUUUGAGUAGCAAUUAUUUAAUUUGCCCAGUCAAGGCACCGCGUUUAUAUACUAUUUCACAUUGAAUUUGAUUAUGCCCUACAGACCUGGCUGGUCAAGGAUUUGAUACACAUAUUGGCUUGGGAUUCGAGCUUUCUUUUUUAUUUAAAUAAAAAUUUAUAUAUAAAUAUAUAUAUAUACAUAUAUACAUAGUUAUAUCUGUAUAUAUAUUGGGUAUGUUUUAAGAAUUUUUUCGCAUGAGCGCAGCUGUUGUGAUCAAAUGUCUGGGAGGUAGAAGCACUGAAUGAAAAUAAAGGCAUUUUUCAGCACCCACGCCCACACUUUCCAUAUGUCUUCACACGGGUUUAUUUCGCUCUUAGUCGAACUUUGGCCUCUUAAUUGCCAAGAGUAGUUUUGAAGCUUGCUUUUUUUUUUUUCCUAACCCCUCUUAAUUUUCAGUGCUAGAGUAGCUUCAUCUACACCUUGCCCCCAUCCAUCCAUAUCUCCUACUUGAGGCCUAGCAGAACUAGGCUGAUGCAGUUUUGAACCUGUCAGGUCUGUUCCUCCCUUCUCAGCUCUGGGCAUGACGAUGAUUAAUUGAUUAAUUAACAUAUUCCCCUGGCAGCCUGCUCACAAGCCAGGUGACACAGGCACGGUGCCCUCUUCUCCCAUCCUUAAAUGCAGAGCACCACCGUCAGGUCAGCCUUCUCGUCAUUGUUUUUAAUUAGUUUAUUUCUUCCUGCUCUGUCUUUAUUAACACAGGGAGCUCAUUUUAGUUGAGAUAAUUAGUGCAAUAUUCUAAUCUAGGAGGACAAGCCCAGAAUAUACCUUUUUUGACUGCAGUAAUUCUUGAUGUAAAAUGAAUUUUCAAAGAUGGUUAUGAUAUGUUUGAAUCUACAGAUUCAUUUUCAACACUAAGAAGAAAAUCUAGAGGGGCAAAAAUCUUUGUACCUUUUAUUACUUGUGCCAGCUAGUUUCCUUGCCAGGUCAGGGAUUAGGGUUUUUUUUUCUCCACUUUUGCUCCCGGGAGUAAUUCUGCAGUAAGAGCUAUUCAGAUUGCUGGCCCACAUACGGUGAAUGCUUCCAAAACCUAUGGAUUAGAAGGGAGACCUUACUGUUGUUUUUUUCUCCUUUGUCCAGCUCUCCGUGCUGUACUUUGUGCAUAGUGUCCUUGUUGUGAUCGGUGUGUCCAGGUGAAUGCCCUCUUUGCCCAGUAUUACAGUUUGGUUUGUUAAAUAGUUUGUUUAAUAUCCACCAACAGUAUUGAUUUUUGGCUUGUUAUUUUCCCCACCUCCUCUUGUCCUUUUUCUGCUUUUUUUGCAGAAGUUUAGUUGAUUAAACAAGUAAAACAGCAAAAUGCAGUGUGUGCUUUUAAGUCUUUCUUGGAAGCUGCACCUAAAAUUUUCCCUUCUUGUGGAAAAGCACGCUAGUAGAACUGGGAGGACAGAUAGUUCUAUGUACAAAGGAACCAUUGAUGGUUACAGCAAAUAACUAGGGAGUGAAAAUCUCUGGAGUAACUGUAUACUGCUACGUUCAUUUCUAUAGCCCAUCAUUAUCCCAGUUGUACAGGAAUGCUGUCCAUCUCGGUGAAGUUGGUCUCAGCUACAAAGUAGUUUAGUUCCUUCUGCUUGGGUAAGAAGAAACAGUGCUACAGUGGUAUUAGGGCACUACUGCAUCAUUUGGUAGGUAGGUCAGAUGUUCUACUGCAGUAGACAACUUGGAACUCUCAUUGAUACCUGGGUUUCGACCCCAGCAUGGACAAACCUCCCCCAGAAUAGGAAGCUUCAAGUGUUAGGUUAAGCUUUAAUAUGUAGUCAAUGUGGAAAUUAUGUUUCUUUAUUCUGUAGUGUUAUUUUCCUCCUCCUUCUGUCAACAUCUCUUCUGCCCCUCUUGUAUACUAUCGUAUCCUGUCCCAUUUCAGAGUAGGACUUUUCUUUAUUUAGAUCAGAGCACCAUCCAAAUUUGCAGCACUGUUAUCCCCUUUCUUCUUAAGUUCUUUUCUGUCGAGUUUCUUCUGAACCUUAUUCUCUCCCUUUUGUCCAUAUCUACCUUCCUUUCCUUCUGUGGCUUGCCCAUUCACCCUCCCUGAUUGUGUAACAGUGACAGCUUGCUGCCUCAAAACAGAGCAUUCAAAUGAAUUCGCUUAGCCAAUAACUUCUGUGAAGUUGCCUUUUCUAAUGGUGUUAUUACUCAGUGAUGCACAAAUGUGAUAUUGCCCCUACUGGUAGGCAAACGGGGGAUCUGUAUAAACAUGGUAAACUGCUGUUUUUCUUUAAAGGAGAGCCAAAGACUUGUGCUUUACACUUUUAUUUUUCCUGGUGUAGCCAUUUUGAUUGUCAAAUUGUUGUAGGGUUUUGUGAGUUGACUGUAUUAUCCUAAUAACAAUUUACAAAAGUUAAUGAUUGUCAAGCCUUAUACGUGCAUUGAAUUGUGGAAAAUCAUUCCGUUUAGUCGUACAGUUUGCAGUGUACUGAGAUGUAUCUGGGGUAUUCUGACAUGUUUUCAGUCUCUCAUGCACUCAGCUGAUGGAAUGGCUCAUUUAGAGAGGGAGAAGGAACAUAAAAAAUUUAUAUAAUCAAAGAAGCCUUGUCUUUAAGUGCUUAAAGCUAAAUUGAAUACUGAUUUAAAAUUUCUUCAGUUACAGUAAAAGGUAAAUCUGUGUUGCGAAUGUGACUGACUUUUAAGCCCAUUGGAACUGAAAAGACUUGUCAAACUGUAGCAUUACAUUAAAUUAGAUGUGGAAGAAGCAAACUUGUAUGAUGCUAUUGUCUCUUGACAGCAUGAAUUGAGUAAGGUGGGGCAAAUUCUUUAUUAGAAAGGACUAGGAGCGAGGCUUUUCAUUGGUAAUACAAGAAAGCCACUUGCAUUUCCCUUCCUUGAUCUAACUUAAACUCGUGCAGACUGUUUUAAGAUGUUCAGGUUCAGAGAGAAAUCUGUAAGUCAGAGUAGCAUAAACCCUUGUUUCCAUUGCCAUUUCCACUUAUAAAUCUGGCUACGAUGAAGCAGACUUACAGGACAGUUAUCUGAAGAACGCCAAUAUAAAGUAUCUGUCGUUGAAUAGCCAUUUCAGACCCACUUUUAUGAUCCAAGAAAUUCAGUGCUAGUAAUCAAGAGGCUCAAGAGCAGGAGUGCCAUCUCAUCAUCUUUGUUCUAAAAUGGGAGAAAAAAAACCCCAUAAAAGCAGUGUGCAAGUUUUGUGCUUGUCUGUGUGUAUGAAGAAGUUUUUGUAGUCCUAGAAUAGAUAGAGGGAACACAGAGCAAGACUGGGCCAUGUUACCUUCAUAUGUAAAUUCUGUCAUUGUUCACUUUCCAAAACACACGCUUCCUAUUUCUGUCUCCUAAUGUUGGUAGCACUGAUUUAAAAACAACCCAAAAAAAGUCAGUGUGUCAGCAGCUUUAAUUUUUUGUAUCACAAUAAAUCAGUUCCCCUGGAUGGAAAAAAAAAAAAAAAAGGAAGCAAAAGUUCUUGAGUUGUCCUUGCUUGAGUAAAUGUAAAUUCUGAAUUUGAGGGAAGUGAAACAGCUCUUCUGAGCCACCUCUUAGGGAUAGCCUUGGUGCUAACAGUUGGGUGGUGGUUACUUGUGGUAUACCAGCAUACAGAUUAUGUAGCGCAAAUGGAUUUGUUCUCAGAUCAAAUAUAAUCUGAAAUGUCAGAAACCUCAUUGGGGAUCCUCUUUUCCAUACUCAACCGUUACAACUGCAUUAUUUUCUAUUGAAAUGUCAGGGGGGUGAAAGAGGCUAGAGUAAGUUAGUUCAAGUUACACAAUGUUAGUAAGCGAUUUUGGGGAAUGUUGUCCCUUAUGCAGUUAACAUGUGGUCUUUAUUCUUGUGUAGGAAGAAGAAUGUAACUGCUUAGUGUUGUCACAGUCUUCAGGGCACUUCUUGUGAUGCAGGUAGAGCUUUGAUUAGCAGGGAAAGGAGAACAAACAAUAUUGAUUUUUCUUUAUCACUUUAUUUCCCCAUGGUAAGUGUAAUAUCAUGCUGUGGAAACUCCUUGAACGCUAUGGUAAGCAAAGAGGGUGCAGCUUUUUCUGAAAUUUCCCAAUAAAAAAGAGCCUGUGGGAAUACAGAUUUGUCUGCAUUGGGAACAUCCCAGUCAUUUGAAGCUUAAAAUAUGUGACCAUAAUAAUCAAAGUUCGAUACCUAUAGCUUAGUAACCUAAAUAAUUAACUGAUCUUUCCCAGGCAGUCUUUGCAAUUCCAGUGAGUUUGUGUAUGAUUUUAGUGCAAAUUGCCAGUUGUUCAGCACUUGGGAAAGUUUAGGUGCCUAGCUCCAUCCAGCAAGGCAGGUGUCUUUGGAUAUACAGGUCAGAUGUUUUCAUAUUCCAGGAAACAACUGAUUCUAAGAUCUGGAAGUUUUAGGAAAAUGCAAUUAUCAACUUCAAUUUCAAAAUUACAGUCUCGGGAAAGAUGGAAGCAACAGAUGCCGCAGUGUCUCUGAAAAUAAAAAGCAUUAGAGAUGGUGGAAUUACAUAUGAAAUGUAUAUGGGGAAAUAUAUCUGUAAGCAAAAAAAAAAUCUUGUGGAGUAUUUGAUGUUUAAGAAAUUCUUUGCUGCUUUGUAAUGUUAAAAGGAUUUAUUGAUAACUCUGUGGCAGACAGUACUCACAAGUCUUUGGCAUCCAAACCAGAUUGUGUAUUGGAUGGAUCCCACAACUGGAUGUGUGCACUGACCUCUUUAUUUCUAGCUUUUUUAAAAAGAAACUUGGUAGCAGUGUUUUAUAAAUGUAUAAAACACCCUGAGACAGAAGAGAGGAAACCCUGUUCACAUCACAGCUGCUGCACAGUUUACAAUUGGUACCUUUAAUCUGCAGCCUCUCCAAAGUGAAGCUGCUCUAACAGGAGCAAAUCUAGCACAUCAAAUGACUUUCUGUUUUCUCUAAUUUUAAGGAGUUCCCAUACCCCUUUGGCCUCUGCUUGCUGUGUAAGCAGCCUCUAUGCUAAGAGGAGCUUUCCUUGAAGUCAGCUUAGCAACUGUGCUGUAGCUUGAUUAUUUUUCCCUGUUUUCUAUAACUGAUAGCAUAAUGUCGAGCUCUUUCCCCAUUGUAUUUGUUGCUAUGGGGAGGAAGAGGUAAGGCGAGGCAUGUGUGGGAGGAGGGAGGAAGAGUUGUGGGAUCUUCUAUAUGACAGCUCCCACCCCCUCUUUGAAAUCAUCUACUUCCAGUUGUGGGAUUUCUCUAGAGAUUACUUUUUUCCUGGUUGUUUUUUUUUUUUUGUAAGCCUAGUUUUCUUUGAUCUUAUUAGUUCUGUACAAGUCUCCCCGAGACAUUCUGCAGUCAUUAUCACCUUUUUGGGUGGAAUUUAUUUUAUUUUUUUGGUUUGUUUGGUUUUUUAAAUAACUUUUUAACAUUGGUGCAUAUAUGCUUGGGAUAGAGCUCAUGUAAUUUUCCAAUCGUAUUGAUUGUAUGUGAUUGUGCCCUGCAGAGGUAUAUUUAACAAAAAAUAAAAAGGAUAGUCUAGGUAAUAAAGAAGACCAUGAGAUUUGUUGAGUCAGGUUAUGAACUAUUUCUAGAAUUUAUUUAGGAUCCUGGAUAAGUUAAAUUCCCUGUCUGCUGUUCUCAUAAAUCAAUGCUAAACAAAAUGUCAUGAAUUCUCUCUUUGUUUGAACUGGUUCUUUUCUGGUGUUUCUUUUUUUCUGCUGUUUUCUUCCUUUCCUGCUUCUCUUUCCCAUCAAAAAAAAUUCUUGAGCCUUUAUGGGAAUGGCUGACUCUGGGUUGAUAUUGUGAAUAUUUAUUGUUUGUAACUAUCGAAGCAUUUUUAAUAGGAGUAGAGAUGAAGUAAAUGUAUGAGAAGAAUUCCGUAAGCUGAAUUCGUUGCGAAUUCAGGGGAGUUUUCAAGUCUUAUACAUACAGACCCAGCCAUGGGGGAGACGUUCAGAGGCAUACAAGGCAUUGAGAUCAUUGUCCUUCAAAGGUUAGAUGCUCUACUGCCUUUUUGGAAAAACUCUGAGGUGACAAAAGGAGUAGAAGAAAGAGUUCACUGUAUCCAACUCCCUGUGUCUUUACUCCUGCAAGAUAUUUUUUAAACUUGAAAGAAAAGCCUUCUAGAUAUUAUACUGAAGUGGGACAGAGUGGAUUGAAGGAGGCAAAAGGCAAGAGGAUCCAGAGAUCUAAAAGUCAGUAUUUAUCCUUUAUUUCUUUUUUAGAACUAUAGAGCCAACAGUGUCACUUUUGUAUUAAAGAACAAGGAAGUGGAGACCUGUUGUGUGUAUGCAUGGUGGUUAUAUAGAAAAAGCCAUAUGUCGAAAUGCUAUUUCUUCUUCCCUCUUCACCUUGCUUUUCCCCCUUUUAAAGCUGGCUCAGCCUCACCUCGCUUCCACAUAGUGUCUAAGGGUCCUCUGAGUUGCAGAUUCAACAAAAAAAUGAGUGGAAAGUUGGUGAUUCCCUACUUGGUUUGUAAAUAGAUGGAAGUGUCUACAAGGUCUUACCUGCUUUUCUGUCAGCAUUUAUAUUAAAUGAUAAAUUAAUGGAGAACACUUUUUGAAAUAUCUCUCAUUUUCUGUCUGGGAUGAAUGUGCAUUCUUCUAAAUUUUGUGUGAGGUGUAAGACUGGGUAAAACCGACUGUGUAAGGCUUUCUCCAGGUCAAGGAGUGUGUGUUCUCUGCUGGGCUGGAGCAAAAGAGAUGCCAAAUAGCAGAGAAGCCACAUGUUCCUGUUUGGGGGUCUGGUCUGUUCUCUUACUCUGCCUGUACACCAAGUGGCUUCUUCAUAUGUUCAACAGAGGUGAAUGAGAAAGGACACUCAACCAGCAAAAUGGAUUAUUUUGCUCAGAGAGCCUAUGUUUUUAAAAAACAACAAAACAAACCCUUCGGAGCAAGCAGCAUGCCUCUAAUGUUGAGCUUGUUUUGGAACUUGCCUUAAAGUGAGAAUAAGGUUUGCCCCAUAGUCUGGUUUGUGGUUUU